AUGGGGAUCCAUAACUUCAAAAAGCAAGGGACUUCAAAAGUCUGUAAUCCGACCCUGCUCAAAGCUAAAACAAUUAAACUCAUGCCCAUAAUGAAAUCCAUGCCCACAAUGAAACCCAUGCCCACAAUGAAACCCAUGCCCAUUAUGAAACCCAUGCCCAUAAUGAAACCCAUGCCCACCAUGAAACCCAUGCCCAUUAUGAAACCCAUGCCCAUAAUGAAACCCAUGCCCAUAAUGAAACCCAUGCCCACCAUGAAACCCAUGCCCAUUAUGAAAUCCAUGCCCACCAUGAAACCCAUGCCCAUUAUGAAAUCCAUGCCCACCAUGAAAUCCAUGCCCACCUUGAAACCCAUGCCCAUUAUGAAAUCCAUGCCCACCAUGAAAUCCAUGCCCACCAUGAAACCCAUGCCUAUUAUGAAAUCCAUGCCCACCAUGAAACCCAUGCCUACAAUGAAACCCAUGCCCACAAUCAAACCCAUGCCCACAAUCAAACCCAUGCCCAUAAUGAAACCCAUGCCCACCAUGAAACCCAUGCCCAAUAUGAAACCCAUGCCCACAAUGAAACCCAUGUCCACAAUGAAACCCAUGCCCAUUAUGAAAACCAUGUCAACCAUGAAACCCAUGCCCACAUUGAAACCCAAGCCCAUUCUGAAACCCAUGCCCACCAUGAAAUCCAUGCCCAUAAUCAAACUCAUGUCCACAGAACUGAAUAGAAAUGUCCUAAGGAAAAGGCUCGCGUCCAAGAGUAAUGUGGAUCUCUGGACUGCCUCAGGUGGAACCCCAUUUCACGUCGAGGGCCCUGGAGGCUGUCUCCUUAUAGUGUGUGGGGGUUGGUAUGGAAUUAUGGCACAUGCAUACGGUGAGGAAGUGACAAUAUGA